GCAACGUAUGUGAUGCUAAAGGAAAGAAAAAAAAUAAAUAAAUAAAAAAAGCAAGGUUGAUAUUGGGGAUAUCAAAUAUUACUCGCCAUAUAUAGAGUAGUGGAGAGCGCGCGGUUAUAUAAAGAAAGCAACGAAUUGAGUCGAAAAAUAAUAUAGCUGGAGAUGGAGGAUACGGAGGAGAUGGAGGAGAUGGAGGAUAUAGGAAAGGCACUGCGUCAGAUCCAAGAGCCAUAUAAAUGGGUCAUGCACGGCAAAUGGGAACCCCUAAAAGAAUUCUACAAGAAUCACCCAGCUGAAGUAGUUCAGCAAUUGACAACGAACAACGACACUGUACUACAUGUCGUAGCCGUUGCCGGACGCAGCGACGUGCUUGAGUUUUUGAUUGAUCUAAUAGAAGACCCUGAGGAUGAACUUUAUGCGUUUAAAGUCGGGAACAACUAUGGCAAUACCAUUCUGCAUGAGGUGGCUGUGUCCGGAAAUCCGGAGGCAGCAAAAAAGAUCUUGAUGAGCGAGAAGAACAAAGUCAAGGAUGAUAGCCAUAUAAGUAUCCUAAGGAUUCAGAACAGAUUAGGAGAGACCCCACUCUACAGGGCUGCUGCUUUCGGUCACACAAAGUUGGUCAAAUAUUUGAAAAAAGAAGUGAAGCGGCAGCAGCAGCAGGAUAUAGAGCACCAGCAGCAGGAUAUAGAGCAGCAGCGGCUGCAUAUAGAGCAGCAGCAGCAGCAGGAUAUAAAGAAGCAGCAGCAGGAGAAGGCUAUGGAGUACCACUUCAACAGAAAACAUGAUAACAUGUCCAUUCUUCAGAUCGCAGUCAUUAGCCAACAUUUUGAGACUGCUUUUUGGUUACUAAAAAGGUACCCAAAUCUUGCGAAUAGAAAGGAAAGAAAUGGACUCACAUGUCUUCAAUUGCUAGCCCAAAUGCCAUAUGCCUUCGAAGCCAAAUUUCGCAAAAGCAUAUGGAAGAUGCUCAUUUAUAAAUGGAUUUACCCUUCUACUGAGCACUUGGAGAGCACGAUCAAUCAGCCUUCCCAGUCUGGUUGUUCACAGAAUAUUACAAGAUGGCGACCAAUCCGUGAUAUAUUCAAUGAAAUCAAAAAUCAAAAAUUUCUAUCGAAACUCACUCGUUCGCUGGUGAAGGAGGACUAUUCAUGGUCGGCAAAUGCAACACCCAAUUUCAACACAUUUACUCUGGUAUGUCCCAAGAAAUCGGAUGAUUCUCCACAAAAAACCUCUGAAUCUACCCUUAAGCAUGCCCCGUUGCUUAUAGCAACAUGCACGGGAAUAUCAAAAAUUGUGAAAAAAAUUUUGGAUUCUGACCCUCAAGCGGUGGAAAUGUUGGAUCCUGCAACUCAACAAAACAUUUUGCACAUGGCCAUUAAGUAUCGCCGGAAGGCCAUCCUUCACAUGGUACAAAAGGACAAAUCGAUAACGUCAAGGUUGGCUGACAGGAUUGAUAUUAAUGGGGACACCAUAUUGCACCACGCUGCAUAUGUGAUUUCUUACCCUGUAGACGCUCAAGGCUCAAUUGGUCCUGCAUUUCAAUUGCAAAAAGAAUUGCGUUGGAUGGCGCGUGUGGAAAAGAUAAUGCCAUGUCAUUACGCCAUGCACCAGAACAAUCAGGGCCUGACAGCGCAGAAGCUCUUCGAGAAAGGGCAUGCAGAUCUUCUUAAUUCGGCAAAAACAUGGAUAAAAGAGACAGCUCAGUCGUGCUCGACCGUGGCAGCUUUGGUGGCUACAGUGGCCUAUGCAGCUGCCUUUACGGCUCCCGGGGGUACUGAUAACUACGGGGUUCCUGUUCUCAGGCAUUCUAUUUUCUUUGUCACAUUCGCCGUUUCGGACAUUAUCUCGCUCAUCUUAUCAUUGACUUCUUUGUGCACGUUUCUCUCUAUCCUGACGUCCCCGUUUGAGUACAAAAACUUUCACCGUUCUCUUCCCUUCAGGCUGCAUUUAGGAUUCGCGCUUCUCUUCUUCUCGUUGGUAGCCACCAUGCUCACCUUCACUGCUGCUGUUGUGCUCUUGAUUCAUCAUCAAAAGAUGUGGACAACGUCCCUCAUUUAUGUGGUUGCCCUUCUUCCUGUCUCUGUGUUUGGGCUCUCGCAAUUUCCUUUGUAUGGCGGAUUUCUCCAAUGUGUGAAAUACAUUUCAAAAAAAACUCUCCAAUGUGUGAAAUACAUUUCAAAAAAAACUGGGGAGACUAUAAAUCAACUUCACUUCCAAGGAAAUGGACGCUGAUACUUCCCAUUAAAAGGAAAAAGGAAGCUGAUAGAGUAUCUGGUAAUGAGUGAUGAUUUGUGAGCUCUAUGUUGUAGCUCAAAAUGUCAGAAUAAGGGUGUUGCUAUAGCUCUCAGUUAAAGUUCCCUCUUCUUCCUUUGUGUGUUUGUGUGUUUUUUUUUUUUCCCCUCCUUUUAUGUGUGUUCCAGAAGAAGUUACAUCUUCAAAAUAAAGCGUAUGCUAAACCGUAUGUAUCAUGUUUUUUUAUGUGAUUUUACCUUUAUUUGUAUCAUGCUUUUUUAUGUGAUUUUUCCUCUAUUUGUAUCAUGCUUAAAGUUUUUUUGUUUUUUUUUUUUUGUUUUUUUUUGUUUAUGGUUCGUCACUCUCCCAGCUCCGAAUUAAAGUUUAGAUAUGAUUUCAAUUAAUUUGAUUAUUCCAAAAAAUAUUUACUAAACCCUUAAUAACUUCCCAAACUGAAGGAUGAUCUUGUCAUGGUCAGAUUGGGUUGGCUGCGGUGGUUGCGAGGGUGUCAGUGCACCAGCAACUGACUGUGUAGCUGCUAUCAACUUAAAGUUCUUGACAGAAGCAAUUGUUACCCUUCCACGAAGUUAAGGCACCAACAUUGCAACUGUUCAUGCCAUCUCGGUGCCAUGUUCCGAAGAAUCAAUGGUCUCUCCUUUCCUUCAUCUUCAUAACGGGACACGACUAUAUCAGAUAAUCGA